CAGGCCCUUCAGCGACUUCCACGAGGACCAGCGCCAGGCGAGGGAGCGCAAGCGGCGGGAGCUGGAGCGGCUCCAGGAGGAGCAGCACCAGGCCGACAUGGCGCGGGCGGCGGAGGAGCAGCUGUUCCAGCAGCAGAACUCCAAGUCCCGGCGGAGGGACGAUGACGACCACUUGAAGAUGCGGCAGGCGCAGCAGGCCGCCCGAGACGCCGAGAUGUCGCUGAGGGAGCCGCGGGUGCACACGCAGGCAGCGAUGCAGCAGCCCCCGCCGCCCGGGUCCGGCGCGGGCCAGCCGCCGCCGCCGGCGGGGCGGGCGCCGGACGGCUUCGGCGGCAGGCCGAGGACGACCGAGUGGUGCAAGGACUUCCAGGAGCCGGCGGCCGC